AUGCCUUCAGUUUAUUACAAUAAAGGUCGUCUUCCUCGCGAAGUUCUUCCUUGCAGACAGUUUGCAGACGAGCAAAAUUCUUCCGGUUCAGAGGUUUCCAGAUCUGCACGCCUUGCUCCGCCUCGCUACGCUUCAACACGCCUUGCAACGCCUUCUUACGCCUUCCCAUCGCUAAACGUGCAACUCGCGAAACGGCCGACCGCCUCGGGCGUUUUCCUGCCGCCUCGCGCCGACGCGCGCUCCGAUGCGCGCGAAGGCAUGCCUUUGAAAACACUGCUCCAUCAUACAGAGCAAUCUCCCGCAAAAGAUCAUGCAUCUUACAUGCUGGGUAGGCUCGAAACCUUUGCUGUAGCAUGUUACGAAAAAUGA